UCCACUAUAGAUACUGAGUCUAAGUAUUUCAGCUCCGAGAAUAGAGUCUCCGUCGUCGACAUCGCCGCGACACGUGCGGAAUCUUCCACACGCCGAGGAAACAGCGUCCGCACCAGAAGCACAUCGUCGUCUUCAUGAAGACUUCUUAGUCCGAUACCAUCUUGAGCGGCGUGGAGGUAACGGUGCACGCCACGUCACUCAAUGGUAAGAAGCAUGUUGCGGAUACCACGCGCAGGCACCGGUUGCUUGUAAGCGGGACGCCGAUGCGACUGUCAGCCAUGAACGAGCUCCAUGGGAGAUGAUGAUAGUGGCAGCAUGGAAUUUCGCCUGCCCGCUCUUAUUGCCACGAUUUACAUCGCAACCUGGGCUACUGGCAUCAAUGAAUGAGGGUGAGCCAUUCUUCAUGGCGGGCCGAUGCUAUGCCUCUCAGACGAUGAUGCACAGUCCUGGAUCAUUUACUUCUCAAAUUUUGGCGACGAUUGGCGGGAAGCGGGCAUGCAUCAUGUUAUCGGGGCUGCCGCUGACAGCGUGCCCGUGGCGGGGGAAGAUGCACCUGCAAUCUACCAUGCGACGCAGAUGGGCUUCCAAGAGUCUGAGGGGCACGAUGUGGCGUUUGACGAGCAUCCAAAACUGCUUCGUGCAAUCGAGCGGUCGUAUCCAUGAAAUAUCUGCUCGCACAGCUGUUCCGUCUCACGUCGCUGCGCGAUUAUCGUUGGAAGUAUAUACUUUCGCUGCUACAGGGUGGCCUCCGGCACCUAGUCCUCUAGCAUAGGAGCCGCGAGAACAAGGAUCCUGCACGUGGGAUGUUCUAUCGGCUCAAGUGAUCUGCCCGACGAGAAGGACGACCCUUCUUCUAGCGGCUGGGGGGGGUUGCGACCGACGCGUGUAGACGGGAGGUAAAAAACGUUCUUCUAUAUCAAUCCAUCUUCUUAUCAGGCCCGG